UUGCAGGCUAUGAAUCUGCAGGUGGCAGUGUUUCCAGCAGACUGGAAUAGAGCCUGGCUGAGGGUAGGCGGGGAGAGCUGCCUGAAGCCAUGGCUGGACGGGUGCCAGCCGGAGCCGUGUGCAUCCGGUGUGAGCGCAGAGCUUUGGCCUAGGAGGGCUGCCAUAGCUGUGGCGUGCAGCAAGCAGCCCGGGAGAGGUGCCCUUUGCCCUGGCGGCCUGGCCUGAACACUACGCUUGCAGCUGGAGGUGCUGCAGACCCUGCUGCCCGGGCCCCGAGGCCAUGGCACCGGCGCUGCUGGUGCUCGGGCUGCUCCUGGGCCUCUACACCCUCCUCUACUACAACUGCAUCAAAGGGGUCAAGUGCCGGGCACACACCAGCCUCCGAGGGAAGACUGUGAUCAUCACAGGAGGAAACACAGGGAUUGGGAAGAUGACGGCGCUGGCGCUGGCCCAGAGAAGAGCUCGCGUCAUCCUGGCCUGUCGCGACAGGGCGCGAGGAGAAUCGGCCGUCUACGACAUCAGACGGGAGAGCGGGAACAGCCAGGUUCUCUUCAUGCAUCUGGACCUGGCCAGCCUCGACUCGGUCCGAGCCUUUGCCGAGACUUUCCUGCGAUCGGAGCCUCGCCUGGACGUACUGAUCAACAACGCAGGUGGGGGCCUCCGUGCCGAGCCAGCCCCCGAGGGUCCCGGCAUGGGGGGUGGGGCUGGCUCUGAAGCGGGAGUAACAGGGUGUAGGCUGGGUGGAAAGUCCAGGGCGAGAGGCCACUGCUGCAUGCUGGAUCUGGAGCUGGUUUCUCUGCAGGUGUCGGGUGGUGAU